UGCCGGGCGACGCGGUGGGCUGACAUGCGAAUGGUGGUUGUUAUGGCGAGGAAAUGUCUUCUGAAAUGCUCCCGCAAUCUACACGCCCCUAUUCUCUUGGAGGAUGGGAGGAACCACAUCAUCGGGAGGUCGAAGGAAACGAAAAUACGAGACAAGAGAUGCUCCAAGACUCAGGUUGAACUUCUUGCAAACUACAGCUCUUACACUGUCACUGUCAGACAACUUGGAGCAAACACAACAGGUGUGAAUGGAAAACCACUUGAAUUUGGUAAUACUUCAGUCCUCAAACAUAACGAUAUUUUAGAGAUUCUUUUAGGUGAGCAUCUGCACAGAAUAGAAUUUGAUCCCCCUCCAGACAGUACUGCACAAAAGGACCAAGCAUCUGACGACAUGCCACGCAAGGCAGCAGCAGCCAACAAACGCAGAGCUUCAAAUGAGGACGAAAACUCAACCAUGUUGAAGAGAACAAAACUCAAUAAGUCAGAGGAGAGUGAAGGUUGGGAGGAAUAUUUCAAUGGAGAUUUACUGGUUUACAAAAAGGAUAUGGAGGGCAGAGAAAAGAUAGCUGGAUAUGAUAUGGAUAGCACUCUUAUUACAACCAAAUCAGGAAGAGUAUUUGCUCAAAAUUAUGAUGACUGGAUGAUUUUGUACUCAGAAAUUCCUGGGAAACUAAAACAGCUGUAUAAGGAUGGCUACAAGAUUGUCAUCUUCACCAACCAGGCUGGCAUUAGCAGAGGAAAGCAGACUGUUUCGGGAAUUCAGAAAAAAAUUUGCAACAUCAUUGAAAAGUUGGGCGUUCCCAUUCAGGCCUUCGUGUCCACAGGCAAAGGCAAAUGGAGGAAGCCCUGCUGUGGCAUGUGGGAGUUUCUGCAAGAGGAGGCCAAUGGAGGUGUGGCAGUUGACAUGAGCAAAAGUAUGUACAUAGGUGAUGCAGCAGGCAGGCCAGCUGAAGGCAAGAAGAAGAAGGAUUUUUCCUCAAAUGACCGUCUCUUUGCUCUCAAUCUGGGGAUCAGUUUCUACACUCCUGAGGAGCACUUCCUGGGUGUCAAAACUCAGAAGUUUAACAUGCCUGAAUUUGACCCACGAACAAUCGAUGACUCAGUGAAAUUGUUUGAUCCACCAACCACCAAAGUUCCAAAAUUCAAAACUGAGGUAGUGAUUCUAGUUGGGUUUCCUGGAGCAGGGAAAAGCUUCCUUGCAGAGAACCAUUUUGCUCCCUUAGGCUAUGUAGUUGCCAACCGUGACACUGUGGGUACCUGGCAAAAGUGUGUUUCAAUUUUGGAGAAAUCUGUGCAGGAAGGAAAGCAUGUUCUGAUUGACAACACUAACCCUGAUGUUGAGUCUCGGAAGCGCUAUAUUACUGCUGCAAAGAAGAUGAACAUUCCAGUUCGCUGCUUCAUCCUCAAUGUGACAAAAGAUCAUUCCAGGCAUAACAAUAAGUUCAGAGAAUUUUCGGGUGCAGAUCACUCCAAAGUGAGUGACAUGAUUUACCAUUCUUAUGGCUCCAAAUAUGAGGAACCAUCGCUUGCUGAAGGAUUUGAAGAUAUCGUGCGGGUAAAUUUUGUUCCGAAGUUUAGGACAAAAGAGGACGAGGAGUUCUACAAGAUGUUUUUAUUGGAAAAAUAACUACAAUUAUCCUGUCAUUGGAGAGAGCCAUUUGAUUGCUCUUGAGAGGAAUGAGUGUAUAAACACAUGGUCAGACAUCUGCACUUGAUUCAAACUUGUGUAAACAAACGUGGCUCACAAAAUUGUCUCUGUAAUUACUGUUACAGUGUGUGUGUGUGUGUGUGUGUGUGUGUAGGAUAGGAAGACUGUAAACUAUUCAUUAAGUGAACACAUUGUGCUAUUCCAUUAUAAUGCACACUGUGGAAUUAUAAAUCUAACAAAGACCAAGUCACCUUAAAUAAAUAUUAAAAUAUGUGUACUUUAUGCCUCUUGAGCAAUACACCCCCUUAUGAUACCACUUGGUGAUACACUUAGUAUAUAUAUACGACUAAAAAUGGUGAUGGGA